AUGGCUGCGACAAAUCCCGGCGACUUACACGGCCAGACAUCAGCCAGCCGGCCGUUGUUUUUUAACUCGGCGCAGCCCACCAUGACAGCUAUUCAAACUGGCCUCGCCGUCUUGUGCUUCUUACUAGUUGUACGAUUCUGCCUGCAGCGCUGCGUUUCUUGGCGACACAUGUCCAGAGCGCGCUGCUCCUCCCACACGCAAGAAACGCAAGAGCAGGCGCAGCCGCCUUUGCCUAUACUGGACGGCAAAAUGGGCACAAUGCCCCGUUCCUACUGCGACCCCGACUCUACGGAGCAGCGCGGCAGCGCCGACGAUUCUGAUGGUUCGAAGCCUUUUGCUGCACACCGCGCAUUGCCCGGACGCCAGCAAAGACGUUUUCUCACUAGGCUGCGACCUGCCCCUCCGCUGACACCGCCCGAGCUCAGCAGUACCAUCUUUGCCUGCGAUGAGGAUGUCGACGGUUUUAUCAGCCAACCCAACCCGGACUACAUGUCGGCUACUUCGUCGACUCCCUUUCAACCUUUGCAACCUACUCCAGAUGCUCACUCUUACAUGAGCUCGGUUACUAUGGGAGCUCCCCUGCCUGACGGCGAGGAUGGUGCAUCACGCCAGGCUUUUGGUCCUGGCUCAUUUCACUUGAGCCCGGUGCUUCCACCACCGCCUCCCGGGUCGCAAAGUCAAAUCCGAGCCCACGAUGACGAUACACCGCAUCGCAACGUGGGAGUCCGAGGCGAAAUCAUUUCUGUUGUCAACGAAGCCGGCCACGGCUGGACUCGCCACACACGCGUCUACGGUGGCGGAGUAUGUCGAGCCUGUGCAGCAUCGGGUGGGCACGAGGGUGGAUUUUACGGUGCGACAGUGACGCCCGAGGAGAUGAGAUAUUGA